GUCUCUAUCAUCUUCAUGUGGUGCACGGCUCUCCUAACUUGUGCUGUCUAACACUCUUACCUUACUCCUGGUCAGGACUCAAGACAUCAUACUUCAGAAGUCACAACUCCAACAAACUCUUUAUCUCUUUCUGCAAAACAUCAGAAUCAUCAUGGAGGAAAAACAUGAAAUUGCAGUAACCCAAAUGAGGAAAUCAGUUGAAAAGCUUGGAUGCUCAACGGAGAACUAUAAUGAUUUGACACUUAUGAGGUUCUUAAUUGCAAGAUCAAUGGACAUAGAAAAGGCUGCUAAAAUGUUCACUCAGUGGAAAAAGUGGAGGGAUGAUUUUUUGCCAUCCGGUUUCAUUCCUGAGAGUGAAGUACCAGAUGAAUUGGGCUCUAGAAAGGUUUAUUUGCAGAUACCUUCUAGUAAUGCACCCCAUGAUCAUCCUGUUGUAAUUGUCAAGACUAACAAACAUUUCUCAUCCAAAGAUCAACUCCAAUUCAAGAAGUUUGUAGUACAUUUUUUGGAAAAAUCAAUUGCAAGCUCUUUCAUGGAGGGCAAAGAAAAAGGGGACGAGAAGCUGAUUGCCAUUCUAGAUUUGGGAAAUAUUACUUAUAAAAAUGUUGAUCCUCGUGCUUUGAUUACUGGUUUUCAAUUCUUGCAGAGUUACUAUCCAGAGAGAUUGGCCAAGUGUUAUAUAAUAAGUAUGCCCUGGUUCUUUGUUAGCGUCUGGAAGAUGAUUUCUGUUUUCUUAGAGAAAACGACUCUGGAGAAAAUUGUUAUAGUGGGCAAUGACGAAGAUGAACGAAAAAGCUUCAUCAACGAAAUUGGAGAGGAUACUUUACCUGAGGAGUACGGUGGUUUAGCCAAACUUACAGCAAUUCAAGAUGUUACAGUUCACCACUUGCCGGAAUCAAAUUAGUAAAUUUUUAGUACUGUUCUUUUCUUCAAGGAAUAAAACCAACAUGAGCUGCUGCUGCUAGAAAUAUAAUUAAAUAGAUAAUUAAUGUAUCAGUAUUGUAAUAUUUGAGUUUUAAAAGCCCCAAUUGCUAAUAAGACUACUUUUCGAGUUAGUUUUAUCUCAAGGAACUAUGACAUACACAGUGAUCUAAGAGCAGCACUACGAUGAAGAGGUAUUCCGCGCUAUACUAAGAAAAAAUGGAUAGGGAUGGCAACUGUUGUUCUUAGUAGAGUAAUGUAGGUAUAUUGCAGCUUUUCUUUGUUGUUGUGAAAUCUUCCAGUUGACAGUGUUUGCAUCAUGUGCGCAUUGCUUAGUGUGAUAAAUGUUGUAAUUAUAUUCUCACAUUUUUACUUGGAAAAGUGAUGUUGGUUGGUUGUUGAAUA